CUAAAAAAAACUAUGAAGAAGCUGAAAAUAAAUACAAUAAAAAACUAAACGAAAUAUUUUGUGUCACAUACAUAUUAGAUAAUUAUGAAACAGCAUUUGAGUUUUUUCAAUUAAUUCAGAAUGAAGGCAAUAAUUUUACUAAAA